CUGAUCAUUCAGCCACAAAAUUACUGCGGGUACUCCUCACAAUUUUGCCGCAGACGACACUGGUACCGGUAUCGCUCGACCAAAGAUAUUGCACAGCGGAUUCCUGUAGUAACACUGAAGACUUGCAUUAUGAACGCACCCAACCAAGAGGACGACUGCUAUGUGGGUGAUGAAGACGGCAGCAGUGUUGUGUCUCACUCGUCCAAUCACACUUCCGCGGUAGGCGAAAACCAAGAUGUUGAUCCCGCGUCGGCCAAGAACAAUGACGCGGAAAACCAACGGUUGGCGCAAAAAGAGAGUCAAGCCGUUUUUCGGUUGAAAUUGGUGUUGCUGGGCUUAUUGGCCGUUGCCAUGGUUGGUGUCAGUGUAGCCGUCUACGCUUAUGUGAGCAAUGCCGAGCAAUCGUCGUUUGCCACAGCGUUUCACGGAGAUUCGACGAAAAUGCUCGAAGCCUUUGGAAGCACACUGGAUCAAACACUGGGCGCCGUAGAUUCGUUCGUGACGACCCUUACGUCGUUUGCCGAAGCUACGGCGUCCGAAUGGCCGUACGUAACGUUGCCUCACUACGGUGUUCGAACGUCCAAGAUUCGUAGUCUCUCCAAGGCGGUAGCAUUGGGUCAGUAUCACAUAGUUUGGCCUGAGCAACGGGAAACCUGGGAAAACUACUCGGUAGCCAAUGACGGUUGGGUCGAUGAAGUUUUGGAAACGCAACGCCACGAUCCUACCUUUGCCGGUCUCAACAUGCCCAGUUAUCAGAUCAGUCCCGUCCUCUUCAAUAAUACCCAACUCCCCGUGCCUCCCAACCAAGAACUGUACUUGGCGUACUGGCAAAGUGCUCCCAUGGUCCCCUACUUUCCACCCUACAAUUGGGAUGCCUAUUCCAGCGAUUACACGCUCAUGCCCUUCUUGGACGAAGUUCUCCACCAGCGUCGUGUGGUUUUGAGCCACGUCAAUAAUCUACUCGAUCGCAAUAACCCCUAUUCUGAGGCUGCCGUAGAAGCCGCCAAUGCAUGGAUAUCGGGCUACGUCGCCCCCGGAGACAAUGCCGAAGAACCGUGGAGUAACAUUUAUUACCCCAUUCUCGAUGGAGCCGCCAACCAGGUGGAAUGGAAUGUGACUACCAAUGACAGCAAUGACAGCAACAAUAGCACCGUGGUGGCCAUUUUUACCGUUACGUUUUACUGGCGAGACAUGAUCAAGGACAUUUUACCACCAGGAUCCGACGGCAUGGUGGCCGUCUUUCACAAUGGAGAUCAGUGCAAUCAAACCUUUACCUAUCAAGUCAACGGACCCGACACGGUCUAUUUGGGACCGGGGGAUUUGCACAAUCCCAAAUACAGUGAGGAACAACAAUCGUCCACCUUGAAUGACCUCGAUACCUAUUCCACCCGCAACAGUGCCUACACGGGUCUCCCGUUGACCCAUUCCGCCUGUCCUUGGGUCGUCACUCUCUACCCCUCCGACACCAUGGAAGAACGAUUCAUUUCCAAUGAUCCCAUCAUUUUUGCCGUCAUGGCCAUGCUCAUCUUUGCAGUCACAUCACUUGUCUUUUUGGUAUACGAUGUGUAUGUCGAACGACGACAGAAGAAGGUCCUGAAAACAGCCGUUCAAUCCACUGCCAUUGUGACAUCCUUGUUCCCCAACAAUGUACAUGACCGGCUCUUUCAUCAAGAUGAAACCAAGAAGGAGCAAAAGGAAACAAUCCCAACCAGCACAACCACGCCAGAACACAACAACACUGACAACAACCAAAUUGCCGACUUGUACGAUAACGCCACCAUUUUAUUUGCCGAUCUCGCAGGGUUCACUGCCUGGAGUUCCAAUCGCACUCCGGCACAUGUCUUUGAAUUGCUCGAGACUUUGUACGGAGCGUUUGACACAAUUGCCAAGCAACGAAGAGUCUUCAAAGUGGAAACCAUUGGAGACUGCUAUUUGGCCGUCACAGGUGUCCCCAAACCGCAGAAAGAGCAUGCAGUCAUCAUGUCAAAAUUUGCAUCUGAAUGCAUGACGGCCAUGGGCCAGCUCAUACAUGACAAAUUGGUGCACAGACUAGGCGAGGAUGCAGUUAACCUACAGUUUCGAGUUGGAUUACACAGUGGUCCCGUCACGGCGGGUGUCAUUCGCGGCGAUCGCCCCAGGUUUCAACUCUUUGGAGACACAGUCAAUACAGCCAGUCGGAUGGAGUCCAACAGUAUGCCUGGAAGGAUCCAGGCAUCCCUUUCAACGGCAGAGCUCCUCAUCCAGGCAGGGAAAAAGGCUUGGGUCGAAGAACGAGAAGGAGGAAUCGAAGCAAAAGGCAAGGGACGACUUCGAACAUUUUGGAUUACUCCCAUGAGUACCAAAUCUUCCAUGACGCGAUCUACUCUCUCGGUCCCCCAGGAGGAGGAAGCCAUCCAAACUGUGCCGGAUCAAAUCGAUGUAGAAGGCCAGUUUGCAGAGUAGUCGAGACAACAAAAUUUACUGAUCUUAAACACACUCUCUCACACACAAAAUAUGUAUAAAGGAUAUGGCCCCAAUGGACGGAUCAACACUGUGUGCAGCCGAAGCCUGAAGUAGCUGCACCUGGCUGAAACUGGGAUUGGUCUCAGGAAGACCACCAAUGGUUCCCCUCACCUGCAUAAGGUGCAUUCAAGCUUGAAAGGAUGUGUACAAGGCAUAGCGCUGGUGGAAUGCCGAACAUAUGUUGGUGCUAAUGAAUUGAGACAACAACAAUUAUCUAAGAAGUUUGUCGAAGGCUCCCUUUGCUAAUCUGUGCCAUAGUUUUAGUGCUGCCUUCGUUGGGCAUCCGUUGUGUUGU